AUGACGGCCAACCAAAGCAAUGUCUUCGAGUUUGUCCUUCUCGGUUUUCCCGGUAUCUCAGAAACAUUUCACAUAGCUGUUUCUCUAAGCUUCUUUGUGAUCUACAAUAUUGCCUUGUUCUCCAACGGCAUCGUUCUGAGUCUGAUCAUUCUCCGAGAACACCUUCACCAACCCAUGUACAUCGUCAUUGGGAACCUGGCCAUAUCUGACCUCAUAUUUGACACAUUGACCUUACCAAAAAUCAUUGCCAAGUACUGGUUUGGGGAUGGUUCCUUGUCAUUUGUAGCUUGUUUUUUCCAGAUGUUUUUUGUCCACAAUUUGGGUUCUUUAGACUCGAUCCUUAUCAUGUUGAUGGCCAUUGACCGAUUUGUCGCCAUUUGCAGACCUCUUCAUUACAGUUCCAUCAUCACUAACAAAGUGGUUUCGGUGUUCUGCUUCAUAUCUUGGGUGAUCACCUCACUGAUCGGUCUUGCCAUUGCCAUCAUGGGGGCCGGUCUGCCAUACUGUGGACCAAAUAAAAUAAAGAACUGCUUCUGUUCCCUCACAAAUGUAGCAGUCUUAUCCUGUGUAGACUCCUUCCCAACCAGACGUAACGUCUUCACCAUCGCUCUAGUCGUCCAUCUUCUCCCAUUAUCAUUCAUUAUAUUCUCCUAUAUUUUCAUUAUAUGGCAAAUUCAGAAAAUGGCCCACGUGGAAAAUUGGCAUAAGAUUUUUUAUACGUGCACCACUCACUGGUUUGUUAUUUUUUUGUACUUUGUGCCCCGAUUGUUCGUUUAUACCUACAACCAAUUUCAGCUAAUUUCCAACGCCGACCUCCACACCUUACUCAUCUGCAUUUAUACAUUUGUGCCGCAUUUCACCAGUCCCAUUAUUUUCUGCCUCAGAACUGAAGAGAUAAAAAAUACUCUGAAAAAAGUAUUUUGGAAAAUCAUGUCUCGUUCAACAUAA